AUGGCAACGACGCUCGGCCAAUGUGCGGCGACGGCUUCGUCCAGCGCCGACACACUCCCACCAUUCGUCAUUCUUGCCAGCAGUUCUCGACCUUCGACAUCCAAGAACACUGCCAAGUCACAACCAAGACUGAAAGGCUCCAACACACCUUCGAGACUCGUUCACUACUCUGGCGAAAUACAUCCGGCAUCUUGCUCCUCUCGGCUUUCACGAUAUGAACCGACAUUCACAAAGGAUGACAUGGACCUUGAUGACGAUGGCAUGGAGCCCAGCGAUGCAGAUCAAGACGACAUCAGGAUUGCUGUUGCAGGCACUAGCAUCGCAUCUUCUCACGUCUUCAUGAAGGGACACGGAACAUUCUUGUCGUCCAACUCGGACGAAAUCCUUUCUUCGAUGUGUGGUACGGUCGAACGUGUCAACAAGUUAAUAUCAGUCCGGCCAGCCAGAUCCAGAUAUGCGGCUGAGGUGGGAGACCUUGUCAUUGGUCGAAUUACCGAAGUUGGCCCAAAGCGCUGGAAGGUUGACAUCAACGCCAAGACCGACUCUGCCUUGCAACUUUCUUCGAUCAAUCUACCAGGUGGUAUCCAGCGAAGGAAAGUGGAGAGCGACGAGCUGCAAAUGCGCAACUUCUUCCAGGAAAACGACUUGCUUGUAGCUGAAGUACAAAUGAUGUUCCAAGACAACUCGUCAGCGUUGCAUACACGUUCCUUGCGAUAUGGCAAGCUCAAGAAUGGACUUCUAGUCACUGCUUCGCCCAAUUUGAUCCAGCGUCUCAAGUCGCAUUUUGUUCAUCUCAAGGACGACGACCUCUCGCUCGAUGUGGACCUGAUUAUCGGACUCAAUGGCUACAUCUGGAUUGCAAAGCACUUGCCUUACAACCAACCAUCCAACUCCUCCGGUGGUCCAGCAACUACCGCCGAACAACAGAGGGGACUUGCGGGAGAAGGUGUCGGCAUGGACAUCGACGCAACUUACUCCGAUCAGAACGAUCCUGAUCUGUCCGUUGAACUGCGACACCAAAUUCAACGAGUAGCCAAGUGCAUCCACAUCCUUGACGCUUACCACCAUCCGAUCUCGGACGUCACAAUUCACUCUCUCGUUUCCAUUUCGACUGCCUACGUAGGACACAUUCUCCAGCAGCAACAACAGCAGCACUGGCACAGAGACCCAAACUUGACUCGCCUCAUGAUGGUCCAACUUCGUUCUGGGUCCAACUUGGCCGGUUGA